CAUCUCUGAUCUCCCAUCGCGCAAAAGCGAAACGCCGCAAAACUCAAAAACUGGUCUCUCAAAAUUCGAGCUUGUUGAAUUACUGAGCUCUACUGGCUAUCCGUCCCGAAACCCACAUCGAAGAACAGCUUCAGCUUUACGAUUCGACGCUCUCUCUUUCUUUUCGAAAUUCUAAGAAUUAAAUAAUUUACAAAAUGAAGAGGCCAAUGCCCUGGAAUGAACAAGUAGAUGUUAUAUCAUCAGGUGAAUCUUCUUCCUCUGAUUCAGAAACAGGAGUACAAAAUGAUGGAUUUGAGUUCAAGCCUUCCCUGGAUGAUUUCAAAAUUCCUGCCAAAGAAAUGACAUCUGAAGGUAUGUUGAUUAAAAGGGCGGAAAUGUAUCAAGAAUACAUGAAACAGAUUCAGAUCCCAGCACAACGUGGUUCUGUAAUACCUUUUACAACUUGGAUGGGUUUAGGCAAAUCUAUAAAGCAGCUUUAUGGUCAGCCUUUGCACUACUUAACUAACAUUCUACUCAAACAGUGGGAUCAAUUAAGGUUUGGAAGUGUGGAUGAAUAUAAGCCAUUGGAUACCGUAAUUCAUCCGAGUAAAGCUGAAGCAACUGUAUGGCUGGUUGAAGAGAUUCAUAGGCGCACCUCAUCACAUCAUCAUGUUGCUAAACUCUGGUUAUCAGACCCAAUGCACGAAGCGUAUGUCGACUCCAUUUUUCCCCAACUAUGAAGGCUGCUUUCAGUUAUGUUCUGCUAUUUGUUGAUACUAUAACAUAUCUCUAAAAGGCUAACAUGUCGGUGAUAAUGUGAAUUGUAAUAGAAACAGCAUAGGUCUUUUGUUACAUUGCACUUCAAUGUGUAGGUUUCUUAUCAACUGACAGGGAAGAAGCUCCAGCAUUGCUUAGUCCAUUGUUGCCAUCUGUCUGUUCACUAGUUGACUAGAUUUACCUUUUUAGCAAAGAAUGAAUGUAAAUCAAUAUUGAAGAUGCAUA